UUAAAAACCAAAGCAGUCAAAAUGUAGCUCAGAAUUUUUUGAACACUGUGAGUAACUGCAGAAUUUCUCUCGCUGAUUAUUUUAAUUAAAACUAUGACGUCACAUAAAACAGACAGAAGUCAGUGUGAGACUGAAAGUAGCAACCAUAUGGAGGACCAGGACCAAGGUGUUGUGGAGGACGAGGUGGACUUGUCCUGUGGUGUGGGUAGGUUCAGGACCCACGCACUCGGCACCUGCUUCUCUAACCUCUACGUCUUCUCUGUAUUGGCUGGAAUCUCAGGCAUGUUCGGGGUCAUGUCGACCCGGAUCGUAUCUGUACAGCUGGAGUCCCUGGAAAGACAGUUCAAUAUCGACAACUCUCAGGCCGGCUUGUUUGAGACGUCCGCUAAAAUUGGUCUACUCUCCACCGUCCUGUUUGCUGGCCAUUUCACGAGGAAAUACCACAUCCCUGUAACUAUAGCUGUGGCGGGAAUCAUUCAAGGCCUGGCUUUAAUGGCUCCAGCUCUCCUACAGUUUGCAGACCCUUACACUUUGACAGAAUUAGAAAACACAAGCGGUUCUGGUGAGUCGGAUAAUAGCCAAUAUUUAUGUGACGUCAGCUUUGAUAUCAACAAUAAAACAUCGCAAUACAAUCAAUCAGGACAGACGAACACCCUGGCGUUCGCUGUACUACUCUCCACGCUGACCGUCAAAGGAGUGACCGAUUCGUUUCACGCCUACUUCCUCCCUACAGUUUACAUGGACGACAACAUGUUAGACAAGACCAGAACGGCGUUUUUUUUAGGAAUUCGCUUCUUUAUCAACGGCUUGUCUGGGCCAAUAGGAACAGAGAUUAGUGGUCUGACCACCAGGAUUCCAAUUGACUUAAAGGAUACUGAGAUGGACCCAAAAGAUGGACGAUUUAUUGCUGCCUGGUGGUUGCCAUUCCUCCUGUUUGGGGCUGGGACUAUUCUCUCUUCCAUUCCUCUCCUUCUCUUCCCUCGGACGUUGGUCAGCAGAAGUCAGAAAGAAAAAGCGUUGAAAAUGGCCGCCGUUGUUUUCAUUCAACCAAAUGCAGAGCGCCAGACCGACGAUCUACAAGGGGCUCAAGUGAUCAAUACGUCGUUUCAAGAGUCUGCAAUCGUCGCAGAAGUUUCGAAUCAGUUGCAAGUAAAAGUCAAUGGUGAUGAUGUGAUUAUACUGGACGAAAUGACAAGAAAGAUUUGUCUAAACAAAGAUGUUGAGAUUGUCAACAAAGAUGUUGAGAUUGUCAACAAAGAUGUUGAGAUUGUCAACAAAGAUGUUGAAAUUGUCAACAAAGAUGUUGAGAGUGUCAACAAAGAUGUUGAGAGUGUCAACAAAGAUGUUGAGAUUGUCAAUAGAGAUGUUGAGAUUGUCAAUAGAGAUGUUGAGUUUGAUCCAGCAUUAGAAAGCUAUGAGAGAGGCGAGCAAACAAUUAAAGAACUAAUUAAAGAUAUACCAAAAUCAUUGUAUCGCCUUCUCAAAAGUCCUGUUUUUGUCCUGGGUCUUAUCGAUAUUAGUGUAGUAUCGAUUCCAGUGUCUGGAAUGUUCAUGUUCCGCAGUAUCUACAUGACCAUGGAGUACAACGUGCCAAUGGACGAGGUAUCGCUCGCGUCAAGCGUGACGUCAGCAGUGGGGUCACUAAGUGGAACUCUGCUAAGUUCAUGGGUCACAAGCAAGGUCAAAAGCAAGCUCGGCCUGCAGUACCUCAUCAUGGGCUCCUACUUGCUUCAAGUUGUCUUCAAUCCGCUCUUCUUGAUCUUUGGUUGUGACAACAGGCCAGUCUAUGGCUUCACUGGAAAAUUCGGUAUUCCCGUCAACUCAACGUCCGACUGCGACUGUUCUUCCAGCAAACAACUGUUGGUGUGUGGCGAUGAUGGCAACAACUACCUAUCGCCCUGCUACGCCGGCUGUAAGGGUGUCAGUGGCACGAUUUUUACCGAAUGUUUGCGACUACAGAACUCAAGCAGCGGUAGUCACGUGACUCCCGGCGUGUGCUCCCCCGACUGCCACAGCAACUUUUUGCUCUACGCAGCUCUACACGGUGUGCAGUACCUGGUUGAAGCUGGGACAAUGAUACCGAGAUGGCUACUCUUAUUAAGGGUUGUGGAACCACAAGACCGAGGAUUCGCCUCCAGUUUCUACAUCUUCUUUUAUAGCAUAAUGAGUAUACCUUCACCGAAUGUGUUUGGCAAGCUAAUAGAUGAUGCUUGUAUUAUAUGGGACGGAAACGUGUGUACACUCUAUGACAGAGACGCUAUAAGAUACCUCAUGUCUGGCUUAGAUGUAGGCGUCAACGUACUGUCAAUCCUGACCAACAUUCCCAUCCUUGCUAUCUUACUCUGGGAGCGAAGAAAGUCACAGAUCUCGAGGUCAGUUCCAGACUUGAAGCAGUCCAAUCUGGACAGCUCAGUCCGAAAUGACGAGUCAAUGACAGAGAUGAAUGAUCACGUGGUAUCAUGAUUGCAACAACUGGGAUUCAAAUGUAUUGCUGUAAAGUUUAUUGUAGUAUGACUAGUGACAUCAAGUGUCGCAUCAUGCCAAGUGACGUCGAACAUGUCACUUGAAAUGUAUCACUCCGACAACAAACACUUGUAUUAAAUUAAAAUUAAA